AUGUAUAAUUCUCGAGAUAAUAACGCCCACCCCGAGGCGAGGCCUUUCAUGCAACAAAACCACCGCGGCCACUACCCGCCACAAUACUGGUCUGCCAGGACACCCUCACAACAAUCAUCCACACCAAACACUCUUCGUCCUUACCACGCGACGGGAAGGCAUUAUGAAAGCGUAGAGGAAGACGACUCCAGCCCCCAGGAAACCCUCUCCCCGCCGCCCUCCUUCGUCCCUCACGCGCCGUCGCCCCCGUCUCAGCAGCGGCCGCCCGCCCAUCUCCAAAACUUCAGCCGUCCUCCGGAGCAGCAGCAGUUUCCCGCCCCGGUGGUUAUGAGCAGCAACAUGUUCUCCAACAACCAAGACCCCUACACCUCCCAGCCGGCCGUCCGCUUCAACGAGGCCCAGCUCGCCAUGGACGAGGUCACCAACCGCACCCGCGCAAAGGGCUUCCGCGACGAGCUCACCAUCGCCGCCAACGGCUCCGUCACCCCGGGCGUCGACGACACCCCUUAUAUCCAGUACGCCCUCGAGGCCCUGACCCGCGAGCACGGCCACAACUUCUCGCCCCCGUCCAGCGUGCCCUCGCCAGCCGACAACAACAACCACAACAGCAACGGCUACUACCGCGCCGCCGGCUACCUCCCGGACGACCUCCAGGACCAGAGCCCCCAGAUCAGUGGCGACCCCGACACCGGCUUCCAGCCCAUGGCCCCGGCCCUCACCCGCAACUCGAUGCAGCGCCCCCCGUCCCAGCAGCAGCAGCCCGGCCGCAUGUCCCUCGGCACCCGCAUCAUGUCGCCGCCGCAGUCCGCCGACUCACGGUACCGCCCGAGCGAGGACCAGAGGCUGCUCGGCGCAGAGCCGUCGUUGAAGUGGCUGCCUAUCAGCGAGAAGGAGUCGGUGUUCCCGGGUAUGACCAAGCUGGAUACUGUUGACGAGUCUCGCGAAUUGUACCCCCGUCUCACCUACAAGCCCGCAAUUUUGCGGCUCCCGUCGAUGAUCGUGCUCAUGGUCCUCUGCAUCCUGAUGAUCGCCGCCCUCAUGCUCGCAGCCAUCUACUCCCCGAUCCAGCCCGGCCUGCUCACCUACGGCGAGACCAUCUACAGCGCAAAGUACUUCCUCUUCCGCAUCCUCCCCCAACUCUUUGCCACCGUCAUCUUCGUCUACGCCCAGUGCGUGACGGCCGCCACCCUGCGCAUCCUCCCGUUCGCCGCCAUGGCCGAGGACGAACCCCUCAAGCGCCGCAACGCCCUCUUCCAGAACCUCUACCCCAAGACCUUCCUCCUCCCCCAGCUCGCCGGGCCCGUCCACGUCAAGAUCGCGCUGGCCAUCCUCUGGCUCUCCGCCUUCACCAUCCCCCUCGCCAGCGCUUCCUUCACCGUGAUCCACACCGAGGUCUGGUACUGGACCGCCGUCCAGGGCACCAUCUGGGCCCUCGUCGGCCUCUACUUCCUCGUCAUCACCGCCCUCCUCCUCCUCGCCCUCUACUGGCGCAACCGCGUCACCGGCCUCAUGUGGGACCCCCGCUCCAUCGCCGACUUCUCCUUCAUGAUCAGCAAGUCAAACACCCGCGACUCCUACCGCGGCUCCGAGGUCGCCGAGGACCGCGCCCACCUCCGCCACAUCCUCCGCAACCGCAUGGUCGACCGCCUCGGCUACUGGAUGACCGACUCCAGCAACAACACAAACUCCAACGAGGCCCCCUGGUACGGCCUCGGCACCGAGCACUCCCAGGGCCAGCUGCCCCACGACCUUCACUACGACACCAAGAACGAGUCCGACCGCCGCUCCAUCACCUCCAACCUCAUCGUCGACGGCCACGGCGACGACUACAUCCGCACCUUCUACCUCCCCUGGUGCCUCCGCACCUCCCCCGUGCUCUUCUUCGUCGUCGCCGCCACCGUCCUCCUCGCCGCCCUCUACGUCGUCUCCUUCCUCCACGCCACCGCCCUCGUCAACGGCUUCGACCCCCGCCUCCCUGCCGCCCCGGGCCCCGGCGCCUUCUCCCCCGCAAACUUCCUCUACUCCUUCGUCCCCUCCCUCGUCGGCCUGCUCCUCUACCUCGCCUUCCAGUCCCUCGACCUGCACCUCCGCAUCCUCCAGCCCUGGGCCGAUCUCGGCGCAAAAGACGGCUCGCCCGCCUCCCGCUCCGUCCUCGCAGACUACGCCGCCUGCCUCCCCCUUCAAACCACCCUCCACGCCCUGCGCAACCGCCACUACCGCGUCGCCGCCAUCUCCCUCACCACAUCCCUCCUCGCCUUCCUCCCCGCCAUGGCCGGCGCCCUCUUCAUGGCCCUCACCGCCGUUCCCGAGGGCGGCGUGCGCAUGUUCCCCGUCGUCCCCGUCUUCGCCGUCAUCCUCGCCCUGCUCUCCCUCUACCUCUGCGCCCUCGUCUCCCUGCUCUUCGGGCGGAACUACUACCGCCUCCCCCACGCCGUCACCUGCCCCGCCGAGGUCUUCUCCUUCCUCGCCAACGAGGACAACGCCUCCGACCCCGUCUUCCGCUCGCCCACCCCGCCCCGCGCAAAGUCCGACCUGCGCGACCGCCUCGGCGCCGGGCCCGCGUCCGCGCAGAGCACGUGGAUGUUCGGCUACUGGCCCGGCCGCGACGAGCGCCGUCUUGGUGUGAGGCGGCAGAAGCGGUUCACGGAGCGCAAGUCCUUCCACGAGAGGAUGCCCCUCCGCGCCGGCCUAUGA